GGAGCCCCAAAUCGAGUUUGAGCUGAACCGAGGCAAGGAGGCUUUCGACUGAGGGCUAGCGAGGGGAGCGGGGCUGGAGCAGGGCUGAAGCAGGGCCGCGGACCCCGCACGCUCCUGCGGGCCCCGCAGAGCCAUUGCGGCCGAGGCCUCGGCCGGCGCCAGCGGAGAGCUAGCCGCAUCUUCGGGGGCAGCCCGGCAGCUGCCGGCGGCGCGGUGAGAGAGCGGCUGACAGAGGGGAUGCGAGGUACCGGCAUUAGCCAUGGCCAAGUGGCCCUAAAGAGGGAGUAGAGGCCGGGCCUUCAGCGUUUCUCACUGGUUCGAGGAAGGCGGCCUCAGCGGAGAGGGAAGGUCCUCCAGUAGCCUGACCUGAGUGGGUUAGUGAUCCAGAGAAACCAGCAGGCCAACUUGGUCAGGAAGGUUCGGGAAGCUGUUGGAGCAGUGUGGGGAAUUUCCCACCAGGAUGAGUAUGAUUGGCUGUGAUUUUAGUUUGUUUGAAUCAGGAUCCUGAGAAAGCACAUUUAUUGCAAAGCAUUGAUACAGCCGUUAAAUCUAUUUUAAUCUGCAGGUGGAAAGACCUUUCAGCACAGCGAUUAAGAACAUGGACUCUGGAGCUAGAUUCACAGAGUUCAAGUUCUGACUCCCAUUUCUUACCAGGCCCCUCCUAUUCAAGGUGUUCAAGGUUCUGUUGUAACCUUAGUAACCUAUAAUGAGUCUUCCUAAUUGUCAUCAGUAUCACCACUGUUAACACACUUGAGCAGCACCAUACGUGGCAGGUCAGCAAACAGCCUUGUGAUGGAACAGUAGGUCUUCUUCAGUCUUUUACUAUUAUACAUGGUCAUGCAGUAUGGAUUCUUGUGGUUAAAUAUUUGUGUACAUCUUUACGACUUUCUUUGGAUUAAUUCCUAGAAAUGGAAGUUAUCAGGAAACUGCAGGGCUAUGAUCGUAAAGCUGAAAAUUGAAAUCAUGAAAGUAGACAGGACUAAACUGAAGAAGACACCUACUGAGGCUCCUGCAGACUGCAGAGCCUUAAUAGACAAACUCAAAGUUUGUAAUGAUGAGCAACUUCUCUUGGAACUGCAGCAGAUCAAAACAUGGAACAUUGGAAAGUGCGAGUUAUAUCACUGGGUGGACCUGUUGGACCGCUUCGAUGGAAUACUGGCAGAUGCUGGACAAACAGUGGAGAAUAUGUCAUGGAUGCUCGUAUGUGAUAGGCCAGAAAGAGAGCAACUGAAAAUGCUUCUCUUGGCUGUGUUGAACUUCACAGCCUUGCUCAUUGAGUACAGCUUUUCCCGGCAUCUGUACAGUUCCAUAGAGCAUUUGACAACUUUAUUGGCUUCCUCUGAUAUGCAAGUGGUGCUGGCAGUCCUUAAUCUCCUAUAUGUAUUUAGCAAAAGAUCAAACUACAUCACUCGUCUGGGAUCUGACAAGAGGACCCCGCUGCUAACUCGGCUACAACAUUUGGCAGAGAGCUGGGGUGGAAAGGAGAAUGGCUUUGGACUUGCAGAAUGUUGCAGAGACUUGCAUAUGAUGAAAUAUCCACCCAGUGCAACUACACUACACUUUGAAUUCUAUGCAGAUCCUGGGGCCGAGGUCAAAAUUGAGAAAAGGACAACUAGUAACACACUACAUUAUAUUCACAUAGAGCAACUUGACAAGAUUUCAGAAAGCCCUUCUGAAAUCAUGGAAUCUCUUACCAAAAUGUACAGCAUUCCUAAGGAUAAGCAGAUGCUGUUAUUUACACACAUACGACUGGCCCAUGGUUUUUCUAAUCACAGGAAGCGAUUGCAGGCAGUUCAGGCCAGACUGCAUGCAAUAUCUAUAUUAGUGUAUUCCAAUGCCUUGCAGGAAUCAGCAAACAGUAUCUUGUAUAAUGGCUUGAUAGAGGAGUUGGUAGAUGUCCUUCAGAUAACGGAUAAGCAGCUUAUGGAGAUUAAAGCAGCUUCUUUACGAACAUUAACAUCAAUUGUCCACUUGGAGAGAACUCCCAAACUCAGCAGUAUUAUUGACUGUACUGGAACUGCCUCCUACCAUGGAUUUUUGCCAGUGCUUGUAAGGAACUGUAUCCAGGCCAUGAUUGAUCCUUCCAUGGAUCCAUACCCUCACCAGUUUGCCACUGCUCUCUUCUCUUUUUUAUACCAUCUGGCCAGCUACGAUGCUGGUGGCGAAGCCUUGGUCUCCUGUGGAAUGAUGGAAGCCUUAUUGAAGGUCAUAAAGUUUCUUGGCGAUGAACAGGACCAGAUAACAUUUGUCACCAGAGCCGUCAGAGUGGUUGACCUUAUCACCAACCUGGAUAUGGCAGCUUUUCAAUCCCAUAGUGGACUUUCUAUCUUCAUUUACAGACUUGAGCAUGAAGUAGAUUUGUGCCGAAAAGAAUGUCCAUUUGUGAUCAAGCCGAAGAUCCAGAGACCCAAUACUACACAAGAAGGAGAGGAAAUGGAAACUGAUAUGGAUGUUGCAGAUGUGGCUAUGGAAAGCAGUCCAGGCUCAUCCAUCUCUAUGGAGCACAGGCUGGAUGUUGAAUUAAGGGCAUCAGGUUCCAGCAGCAGCACUAACAUCUCUUCUGGCCCCAGCCCCGGUCCCAGUCCCGGCCCCGGCCCCGGCCCCGGCCCCGGCCCUGGCCCCGGCCCCGGCCCCGGCCCCGGUCCUGGUCCCGGCCCUGGCCCCGGCCCUGGCCCUGGCCCCCGUCCUGGAGUCCAGUGUAUUCCACAACGAGCAGCACUUCUGAAAUCCAUGUUGAAUUUCCUCAAGAAGGCCAUCCAAGACCCUGCUUUCUCAGAUGGCAUACGACAUGUGAUGGAUGGUUCUCUGCCUACCUCCCUGAAACACAUCAUCAGCAAUGCAGAAUACUAUGGCCCAUCACUCUUCCUCCUAGCUACUGAAGUGGUGACUGUGUUUGUAUUUCAAGAACCAUCACUGCUCUCCUCACUCCAGGACAAUGGAUUGACAGAUGUCAUGCUGCAUGCACUGCUUAUCAAAGAUGUUCCUGCUACCCGUGAAGUCCUUGGCUCCCUCCCAAAUGUAUUCAGUGCACUCUGCUUGAAUGCCCGAGGUCUUCAGUCUUUUGUUCAGUGUCAGCCUUUUGAACGCCUCUUCAAAGUUCUUCUGUCUCCAGAUUACCUCCCAGCCAUGCGGAGGAGGAGAAGUUCUGAUCCCCUUGGGGAUACUGCAUCCAACCUGGGGAGUGCUGUCGAUGAGCUCAUGAGACAUCAGCCCACCCUUAAAACAGAUGCAACGACUGCCAUCAUCAAGUUACUGGAAGAAAUCUGUAAUCUUGGAAGGGACCCCAAAUACAUCUGUCAGAAGCCAUCAAUCCAGAAGGCAGAUGGCACUGCCACUGCUCCUCCCCCAAGGUCUAAUCAUGCCGCAGAAGAAGCCUCUAGUGAGGAUGAGGAGGAAGAGGAAGUACAGGCCAUGCAGAGCUUUAAUUCUACCCAGCAAAAUGAAACUGAGCCUAAUCAGCAGGUUGUUGGUACAGAGGAACGUAUUCCUAUUCCCCUCAUGGAUUACAUCCUUAAUGUGAUGAAAUUUGUGGAAUCUAUUCUGAGCAACAAUACAACAGAUGACCACUGCCAGGAAUUUGUGAAUCAGAAAGGACUGUUGCCUUUGGUUACCAUUUUGGGUCUUCCCAAUCUGCCCAUUGACUUUCCCACAUCUGCUGCCUGUCAGGCUGUUGCAGGUGUCUGCAAAUCCAUAUUGACACUGUCACAUGAACCCAAAGUCCUUCAAGAGGGUCUCCUUCAGUUGGACUCCAUCCUCUCCUCCCUGGAGCCCUUACACCGCCCCAUUGAAUCCCCUGGGGGCUCAGUGUUGUUGCGAGAACUGGCUUGCGCAGGCAAUGUUGCUGAUGCUACCCUCUCAGCCCAGGCCACACCUCUGCUGCAUGCACUCACUGCUGCCCAUGCCUACAUCAUGAUGUUUGUUCAUACUUGCAGAGUUGGACAGAGUGAAAUUCGUUCCAUCUCCGUAAACCAGUGGGGCUCUCAAUUGGGUCUGAGUGUUUUGAGCAAGCUGAGCCAGUUAUACUGUUCCCUGGUGUGGGAAAGCACUGUCCUCCUCUCUCUGUGUACCCCAAACAGCCUACCAUCUGGGUGUGAAUUUGGCCAGGCAGAUAUGCAGAAACUGGUUCCAAAGGAUGAGAAGGCAGGUACGACCCAGGGCGGAAAAAGAUCAGAUGGGGAACAGGAUGGAGCAGGAAGUAUGGAUGCUUCUACCCAGGGCUUAUUAGAAGGCAUUGGGCUAGAUGGUGACACAUUGGCUCCCAUGGAGACAGAUGAACCUACUGCUUCAGACUCUAAGGGCAAAUCUAAAAUCACACCAGCAAUGGCUGCCAGAAUUAAGCAAAUCAAGCCUUUGUUAUCAGCUUCCUCCAGAUUAGGCCGAGCACUUGCUGAGCUAUUUGGACUUCUUGUUAAACUUUGUGUGGGAUCUCCUGUCCGCCAGAGAAGGAGCCAUCAUGCUGCCAGCACCACUACAGCACCGACACCUGCCGCGCGAUCAACAGCCUCAGCUCUCACUAAGCUCUUGACUAAGGGGUUAUCUUGGCAGCCGCCACCAUAUACACCUACUCCCCGAUUCAGGCUGACAUUCUUCAUCUGUUCAGUUGGUUUCACAUCCCCAAUGCUGUUUGAUGAGAGGAAGUAUCCCUACCACCUCAUGCUGCAAAAGUUUCUCUGCUCCGGAGGCCACAAUGCUCUUUUUGAAACUUUCAACUGGGCUCUGUCCAUGGGAGGUAAAGUUCCUGUUUCUGAGGGAUUGGAACACUCGGACUUGCCUGAUGGCACAGGAGAAUUCCUAGAUGCCUGGCUGAUGCUGGUGGAGAAGAUGGUGAAUCCCACCACGGUGCUUGAAUCUCCACAUUCGCUGCCUGCCAAAUUGCCUGGAGGUGUCCAGAACUUUCCCCAAUUCAGUGCACUGCGUUUCCUUGUGGUAACUCAGAAAGCAGCCUUUACUUGCAUCAAAAACCUAUGGAACCGGAAACCCCUGAAGGUAUAUGGUGGACGAAUGGCUGAAUCCAUGCUGGCCAUUCUAUGCCACAUCCUCCGAGGAGAACCUGUGAUUCGAGAGAGACUAAGCAAGGAGAAGGAGGGGUCUCGAGGAGAAGAGGAUACAGGGCAAGAGGAAGGUGGCUCCCGCCGGGAACCUCAAGUCAACCAGCAACAACUGCAACAGCUCAUGGACAUGGGCUUCACAAGGGAACAUGCAAUGGAGGCACUGUUAAACACCAGCACCAUGGAGCAGGCCACAGAGUACCUUCUAACCCACCCUCCUCCAAUCAUGGGAGGAGUUGUUCGGGAUCUCAGCAUGUCUGAAGAGGACCAGAUGAUGAGAGCAAUUGCUAUGUCUCUGGGACAGGAUAUUCCAAUGGAUCAAAGGGCAGAGUCACCUGAGGAAGUUGCUUGCCGGAAGGAGGAAGAGGAACGGAAAGCUCGGGAAAAGCAAGAAGAGGAAGAGGCUAAAUGUCUAGAGAAGUUCCAGGAUGCUGACCCGUUGGAACAAGAUGAGCUUCACACUUUCACAGAUACUAUGUUGCCAGGCUGCUUCCACCUUCUUGAUGAACUGCCAGACACAGUAUACCGUGUGUGUGACCUGAUCAUGACAGCAAUCAAACGUAAUGGAGCAGAUUAUCGUGACAUGAUUCUGAAGCAAGUAGUCAAUCAGGUGUGGGAAGCUGCUGAUGUAUUGAUCAAAGCUGCUCUUCCCCUGACAACAAGUGACACAAAAACCGUGUCAGAGUGGAUAAGUCAGAUGGCCACACUGCCCCAGGCCUCCAAUUUGGCUACUAGAAUCUUGCUUUUAACGCUACUUUUUGAGGAGUUGAAGCUACCUUGUGCUUGGGUGGUUGAAUCGAGUGGCAUCCUUAAUGUCCUAAUCAAACUCUUGGAAGUGGUUCAGCCCUGCCUCCAGGCAGCCAAGGAGCAGAAGGAAGUCCAGACCCCAAAGUGGAUCACACCAGUGUUGCUCCUGAUUGAUUUCUAUGAAAAGACAGCCAUCUCCUCAAAAAGGAGAGCCCAGAUGACUAAGUACCUGCAAUCCAACAGCAACAACUGGCGCUGGUUUGAUGAUCGCUCUGGGCGUUGGUGUAGUUACAGUGCAAGCAACAAUAGCACUAUUGAUUCUGCCUGGAAAUCUGGGGAGACAAGCGUGCGGUUCACUGCAGGCCGAAGAAGAUACACGGUCCAAUUCACUACAAUGGUGCAGGUUAAUGAGGAAACAGGGAACCGACGCCCUGUGAUGCUGACUCUCCUCAGGGUACCUCGGCUGAAUAAAAAUUCAAAAAACAGCAAUGGACAGGAACUAGAGAAGACGCUGGAAGAAAGCAAAGAAAUGGAUAUCAAACGUAAAGAAAAUAAAGGCAAUGAUACCCCUUUGGCCCUAGAGAGUACAAACACUGAAAAGGAGACAAGCCUGGAGGAAACAAAAAUCGGGGAGAUCCUGAUCCAGGGCUUGACAGAAGAUAUGGUGACUGUUUUAAUCCGGGCCUGCGUGAGCAUGCUGGGAGUCCCUGUGGACCCAGAUACUUUGCAUGCCACCCUUCGUCUCUGUCUGAGGCUCACCCGGGACCACAAAUAUGCCAUGAUGUUUGCAGAACUGAAGAGUACCCGCAUGAUCUUGAAUUUGACCCAGAGCUCAGGCUUCAAUGGGUUUACUCCCCUGGUCACCCUUCUCUUAAGACACAUCAUUGAGGACCCCUGUACCCUUCGUCAUACCAUGGAAAAGGUUGUUCGCUCAGCAGCUACAAGUGGAGCUGGUAGCACUACCUCUGGUGUUGUGUCUGGCAGCCUCGGCUCUCGGGAGAUCAACUACAUCCUUCGUGUCCUUGGGCCAGCUGCAUGCCGCAAUCCAGACAUAUUCACAGAAGUGGCCAACUGCUGUAUCCGCAUCGCCCUUCCUGCCCCUCGAGGCUCAGGAACUGCUUCAGAUGAUGAAUUUGAGAAUCUUAGAAUUAAAGGCCCUAAUGCUGUACAGCUGGUGAAGACCACCCCUUUGAAGCCCUCACCUCUGCCUGUCAUCCCUGAUACUAUCAAGGAAGUGAUCUAUGAUAUGCUGAAUGCUCUGGCUGCAUACCAUGCUCCAGAGGAAGCAGAUAAAUCUGAUCCUAAACCUGGGGGUAUGACCCAAGAGGUUGGCCAGCUCCUGCAAGACAUGGGUGAUGAUGUAUACCAGCAGUACCGGUCACUUACGCGUCAGAGCAGUGACUUUGAUACGCAGUCAGGUUUUUCCAUUAACAGUCAGGUCUUUGCUGCAGAUGGUGCCUCCACUGAGACUUCCGCAUCUGGGACCUCCCAAGGAGAGGCUUCAACUCCAGAGGAGUCUCGAGAUGGGAAGAAAGAUAAAGAAGGGGACCGGGCCUCUGAGGAAGGCAAACAGAAAGGCAAGGGCAGCAAACCUUUAAUGCCUACAUCCACUAUCCUUCGUCUUCUGGCAGAGUUGGUGAGGUCCUAUGUUGGUAUUGCUACCCUGAUUGCCAACUACAGCUACACUGUGGGCCAGUCUGAACUGAUCAAAGAGGACUGCAGUGUGCUAGCUUUUGUUCUGGACCACUUGCUCCCACAUACCCAGAAUGCAGAAGACAAGGACACCCCUGCCCUCGCCCGCCUGUUCCUCGCAAGCCUGGCUGCUGCAGGGAGUGGCACAGAUGCCCAGGUGGCCCUAGUGAAUGAAGUAAAAGCAGCCCUGGGACGGGCACUGGCUAUGGCUGAGAGUACAGAGAAACAUGCCAGGCUUCAGGCAGUGAUGUGUAUCAUCAGUACUAUCAUGGAGUCCUGCCCCUCCACCUCCAGCUUCUACAGCAGUGCCACAGCGAAGACCCAGCACAAUGGCAUGAACAACAUCAUUCGGCUCUUCCUGAAGAAGGGACUGGUUAAUGACCUGGCCAGAGUACCUCACAGCUUAGACCUGUCCAGUCCCAACAUGGCCAACACAGUCAAUGCUGCUCUGAAGCCUUUGGAAACACUUUCCCGGAUUGUGAACCAGCCCAGUAGCCUUUUUGGCAGCAAGAGUGCUUCUAGCAAGAACAAGUCUGAGCAGGAUGCCCAAGGAGCCUCUCAAGAUUCCAGUAGCAACCAGCAGGACCCAGGCGAGCCUGGGGAAGCAGAAGUGCAGGAGGAGGAUCAUGAUGUCACUCAGACAGAGGUGGCAGAUGGGGAUAUCAUGGAUGGGGAGGCUGAAACCGACUCAGUGGUGAUUGCUGGGCAGCCUGAGGUGCUCAGUUCACAAGAGAUGCAGGUUGAGAAUGAGCUGGAGGACCUGAUAGAUGAGUUGCUUGAGAGGGAUGGCGGAUCUGGGAACAGUACAAUUAUAGUGAGCAGAAGUGGAGAGGAUGAAUCACAAGAGGACGUGCUGAUGGAUGAAGCUCCUUCCAACCUCAGCCAAGCUUCCACCUUGCAGGCCAACCGAGAAGAUUCCAUGAAUAUCCUGGACCCUGAGGAUGAGGAGGAGCACACUCAGGAAGAGGACAGCAGUGGCAGUAACGAGGAUGAGGAUGAUAGUCAGGAUGAAGAGGAGGAGGAGGAGGAAGAUGAGGAAGAUGAUCAGGAGGAUGAUGAAGGUGAAGAGGGAGAUGAAGACGAUGACGACGAUGGCUCUGAGAUGGAAUUGGAUGAGGAUUAUCCUGAUAUGAACGCUUCUCCCUUGGUCCGAUUUGAGCGCUUUGACCGGGAGGAUGAUCUCAUCAUUGAGUUUGACAACAUGUUCUCCAGUGCUACAGACAUCCCCCCAUCCCCAGGAAAUAUCCCUACCACCCAUCCACUGAUGGUGCGCCAUGCAGACCACAGUUCUCUGACACUGGGCAGUGGCUCUUCAACAACUCGUCUCACCCAGGGCAUCGGGCGCAGUCAGAGAACCCUAAGGCAGCUGACGGCCAAUACUGGCCACACCAUUCAUGUUCACUACCCUGGGAAUCGCCAGCCCAACCCUCCUCUUAUACUCCAGAGGUUGCUUGGUCCCUCAGCUGCUGCUGACAUCCUUCAGCUGAGCAGCAGCCUUCCCCUACAAAGCCGGGGUCGGGCCCGCCUCCUGGUAGGCAACGAUGACGUCCACAUCAUCGCCCGUUCUGAUGAUGAGCUGCUGGAUGACUUUUUCCAUGAUCAGAGCACAGCUACCAGCCAAGCAGGAACCCUGUCCAGCAUCCCCACAGCCCUGACCCGCUGGACAGAAGAAUGCAAAGUUCUCGAUGCUGAGAGCAUGCAUGACUGUGUUUCAGUGGUUAAAGUGUCCAUUGUCAAUCACCUGGAAUUCCUGAGGGAUGAGGAGCUGGAAGAAAGGCGCGAGAAGCGCAGGAAACAACUGGCUGAGGAAGAAACAAAGAUAACUGAUAAAGGCAAAGAAGAUAAGGAGAACAGGGAUCAGAGUGCACAGUGUACUGCAUCUAAGACAAAUGACUCCACCGAACAGAAUCUCUCAGAUGGGACGCCUAUGCCUGACAGCUACCCAACAACCCCAUCUUCAACUGAUGCAGCUACAUCUGAGUCCAAGGAGACCCUUGGCACUCUGCAGUCCUCACAACAGCAACCAACACUCCCAACCCCACCAGCUUUGGGAGAGGUUCCUCAGGAGCUGCAGUCCCCAGCUGGAGAAGGGGGCAGCUCUACACAGCUAUUGAUGCCUGUAGAGCCAGAGGAAUUGGGUCCCACAAGGCCAAGUGGGGAAGCAGAAACAACUCAGAUGGAGUUAUCCCCAGCUCCCACUAUAACCUCUCUUUCCCCAGAGAGAGCUGAGGAUUCUGAUGCACUGACGGCUGUCAGCAGUCAGCUAGAAGGCUCUCCUAUGGAUACAAGCAGCCUAGCUUCCUGUACCCUAGAGGAGGCUGUGGGUGACACUUCAGCAGCUGGCAGUUCUGAGCAGCCCAGAGCAGGCAGCUCCACUCCUGGGGAUGCCCCACCAGCUGUGGCGGAAGUGCAAGGCAGGAGUGAUGGGUCAGGGGAAUCUGCCCAGCCACCUGAGGACAGCUCCCCACCUGCAUCCUCUGAGAGCUCUUCCACCAGAGAUUCUGCCGUGGCCAUUUCUGGAGCAGAUUCCCGAGGAAUCCUAGAAGAGCCAUUGCCUUCAACAAGCAGUGAAGAAGAAGAUCCCCUUGCAGGUAUCAGUCUCCCUGAAGGUGUGGACCCCUCUUUUCUGGCUGCCCUGCCUGAUGACAUCCGUCGGGAAGUUCUACAGAACCAGCUAGGCAUUCGUCCACCAACCCGGACUGCCCCCUCCACAAAUAGCUCAGCGCCUACAGUGGUGGGGAAUCCUGGUGUGACUGAAGUGAGCCCUGAGUUUCUGGCUGCCCUGCCUCCAGCCAUUCAGGAGGAAGUACUGGCACAGCAGAGAGCUGAGCAGCAGCGACGAGAACUGGCACAGAAUGCCAGCUCAGACACCCCUAUGGACCCUGUGACCUUCAUCCAGACUCUGCCCUCAGACCUGCGCCGUAGUGUCCUAGAGGAUAUGGAGGACAGCGUGUUAGCUGUGAUGCCACCUGACAUUGCAGCUGAGGCUCAAGCCCUGAGACGAGAGCAGGAAGCCCGGCAGCGACAGCUCAUGCAUGAGCGUCUGUUUGGACACAGUAGCACCUCCGCACUCUCUGCUAUUCUCCGAAGCCCGGCUUUUACCAGUCGCUUAAGUGGCAACCGUGGGGUCCAAUAUACUCGCCUUGCUGUGCAGAGAGGUGGCACCUUCCAGAUGGGGGGUAGCAGCAGCCAUAACAGGCCUUCUGGCAGUAAUGUAGAUACUCUCCUCCGCCUCCGAGGACGGCUCCUUCUGGACCACGAAGCCCUUUCUUGUCUCCUGGUCCUACUUUUUGUGGAUGAGCCAAAGCUCAAUACUAGCCGUCUACACCGAGUACUGAGAAAUCUCUGCUACCAUGCCCAGACCCGCCACUGGGUCAUCCGCAGUCUGCUGUCCAUCUUGCAGCGCAGCAGUGAGAGUGAGCUAUGCAUUGAAACACCCAAACUCACUACAAGUGAGGAAAAGGGCAAAAAGUCGAGCAAGAGCUGUGGGUCAAGUAGCCAUGAGAACCGUCCCCUGGACCUGCUACACAAGAUGGAGUCGAAGAGCUCCAACCAGCUUUCCUGGCUGUCAGUAUCCAUGGAUGCAGCCCUAGGCUGCAGGACUAAUAUAUUUCAGAUCCAGCGUUCAGGGGGGCGUAAACAUACCGAGAAGCAUGCAAGCGGUGGCUCCACCGUCCACAUCCAUCCCCAAGCUGCUCCUGUUGUCUGCAGACACGUUUUGGAUACACUCAUUCAAUUGGCCAAGGUAUUUCCCAGCCACUUCACACAGCAGCGGACCAAAGAAACAAACUGUGAGAGUGAUCGGGAAAGGGGCAGUAAGGCCUGUAGCCCAUGCUCCUCACAGUCCUCCAGCAGUGGCAUUUGCACAGACUUCUGGGACUUAUUGGUAAAACUGGACAACAUGAAUGUCAGCCGGAAAGGCAAGAACUCCGUGAAGUCAGUGCCAGUGAGCGCUGGCGGUGAGGGGGAAACCUCUCCAUACAGCCUCGAGGCCUCUCCACUGGGGCAGCUCAUGAACAUGUUGUCACACCCAGUCAUCCGCCGGAGCUCUCUCUUAACUGAGAAACUCCUCAGACUCCUUUCUCUCAUCUCAAUUGCUCUCCCAGAAAAUAAGGUGUCAGAAGCACAGGCUAAUUCUGGCAGCGGUGCUUCCUCCACCACUACUGCCACCUCAACCACAUCUUCCACCACCACCACUGCCGCCUCCACCACGCCCACACCCCCUACUGCACCAACCCCUGUCACUUCUGCUCCAGCCCUGGUUGCUGCCACGGCUAUUUCCACCAUUGCCGUAGCUGCUUCGACCACGGUGACUACCCCCACGACUGCUACCACUACUGUUUCAAUUUCUGCCACUACUAAGGGCAGCAAAUCUCCAGCGAAGGUGGGUGAUGGGGGCAGCAGCAGUACAGACUUUAAGAUGGUGUCCUCUGGCCUCACUGAAAACCAGCUACAGCUCUCUGUAGAGGUGUUGACAUCCCACUCUUGUUCUGAGGAAGGCUUAGAGGAUGCAGCCAACGUACUACUGCAGCUCUCCCGGGGGGACUCUGGGACCCGGGACACUGUUCUCAAGCUGCUACUGAAUGGAGCCCGCCAUCUGGGUUAUACCCUUUGUAAACAAAUAGGUACCCUGCUGGCCGAGCUGCGGGAAUACAACCUCGAGCAGCAGCGGCGAGCCCAAUGUGAAACCCUCUCUCCUGAUGGCCUGCCUGAGGAACAGCCACAGACCACCAAGCUGAAGGGCAAAAUGCAGAGCAGGUUUGACAUGGCUGAGAAUGUGGUAAUUGUGGCAUCUCAGAAGCGACCUUUGGGUGGCCGGGAGCUGCAGCUGCCUUCUAUGUCCAUGUUGACAUCCAAGACAUCUACCCAGAAGUUCUUCUUGAGGGUACUACAGGUCAUCAUCCAGCUCCGGGACGACACGCGCCGGGCUAACAAGAAAGCCAAGCAGACAGGCAGGCUAGGUUCCUCCGGUUUAGGCUCAGCUAGCAGCAUCCAGGCAGCUGUUCGGCAGCUGGAGGCUGAGGCUGAUGCCAUUAUACAAAUGGUACGUGAGGGUCAAAGGGCGCGGAGACAGCAACAAGCAGCAACGUCGGAGUCUAGCCAGUCAGAGGCGUCUGUCCGGAGGGAGGAAUCACCCAUGGAUGUUGACCAGCCAUCUCCCAGCGCUCAAGAUACUCAAUCCAUUGCCUCCGAUGGAACCCCACAGGGGGAGAAGGAAAAGGAGGAAAGACCACCUGAGUUACCCCUGCUCAGUGAGCAGCUGAGCUUGGACGAGCUGUGGGACAUGCUUGGGGAGUGUCUAAAGGAACUAGAGGAAUCCCAUGACCAGCAUGCGGUGCUAGUGCUACAGCCUGCCGUCGAGGCCUUCUUUCUGGUCCAUGCCACAGAGCGAGAGAGCAAGCCUCCUGUCCGAGACACCCGUGAGAGCCAGCUGGCACACAUCAAGGACGAGCCUCCUCCACUCUCCCCUGCCCCCUUAACCCCAGCCACGCCUUCCUCCCUUGACCCAUUCUUCUCCCGGGAGCCCUCAUCUAUGCACAUCUCCUCAAGCCUGCCCCCUGACACACAGAAGUUCCUUCGCUUUGCAGAGACUCACCGCACUGUGUUAAACCAGAUCCUACGGCAGUCCACGACCCACCUUGCUGAUGGGCCUUUUGCUGUCCUGGUAGACUACAUUCGUGUCCUCGACUUUGAUGUCAAGCGCAAAUAUUUCCGCCAAGAGCUGGAGCGUUUAGAUGAGGGGCUCCGGAAAGAAGACAUGGCUGUGCAUGUCCGUCGUGACCAUGUGUUUGAAGACUCCUAUCGUGAGCUGCAUCGCAAAUCCCCCGAAGAAAUGAAGAAUCGAUUGUAUAUAGUAUUUGAAGGAGAAGAAGGGCAGGAUGCUGGCGGGCUCCUGCGGGAGUGGUAUAUGAUCAUCUCUCGAGAGAUGUUUAACCCUAUGUAUGCCUUGUUCCGUACCUCACCUGGUGAUCGAGUCACCUACACCAUCAAUCCAUCUUCCCACUGCAACCCCAACCACCUCAGCUACUUCAAGUUUGUCGGACGCAUUGUGGCCAAAGCUGUAUAUGACAACCGUCUUCUGGAGUGCUACUUUACUCGAUCCUUUUACAAACACAUCUUGGGCAAGUCAGUGAGAUAUACAGAUAUGGAGAGUGAAGAUUACCACUUCUACCAAGGUCUGGUUUAUCUGCUGGAAAAUGAUGUCUCCACACUAGGCUAUGACCUCACCUUCAGCACUGAGGUCCAAGAGUUUGGAGUUUGUGAAGUUCGUGACCUCAAACCCAAUGGGGCCAAUAUCUUGGUAACAGAGGAGAAUAAGAAGGAGUAUGUACACCUGGUAUGCCAGAUGAGAAUGACAGGAGCCAUCCGCAAGCAGUUGGCAGCUUUCUUAGAAGGCUUCUAUGAGAUCAUUCCAAAGCGCCUCAUUUCCAUCUUCACUGAGCAGGAGUUAGAGCUGCUUAUAUCAGGACUGCCCACCAUUGACAUUGAUGAUCUGAAAUCCAACACUGAAUACCACAAGUACCAGUCCAACUCUAUUCAGAUCCAGUGGUUCUGGAGAGCAUUGCGUUCUUUCGACCAAGCUGACCGUGCCAAGUUCCUCCAGUUUGUCACGGGUACUUCCAAGGUACCCCUGCAAGGUUUUGCUGCCCUCGAAGGCAUGAAUGGCAUUCAGAAGUUUCAGAUCCAUCGAGAUGACAGGUCCACAGAUCGCCUGCCUUCAGCUCACACAUGUUUUAAUCAGCUGGAUCUGCCUGCCUAUGAGAGCUUUGAGAAGCUCCGCCACAUGCUACUAUUGGCUAUCCAGGAGUGCUCUGAAGGCUUUGGGCUGGCCUAAUAAGGCCCUGCCCACCUCUGUGGGGUUUUUUUUUUACCAUUGUUGGACCUGGGGAGGGGGGAGUUAAAAAAAGAACCAGAAAGAAAUUGUCAAAAACCAAUAAAUGAAAUCCACCAACUCACCGUGUGUGUCCCAGCUGCCCCAUCUUCCCCAGCGCAUACCUGUUCCUCUUGUCAUUCUCUUCCCGCCUCCUGUUUCCUCACCUUCUCUCCCCUUUCCAUGCCGUCCAUGAUCCCCACCCCAUGUGUUUUAAAAAGGCAGUAGCCUUUGCAGGGACCUGUCUGUCCCAACUGUUUGAACAGUGUGCUCCUCAGAUUCUGUGUUCAGAAGGAUUUGCUGCAUUGAGACUUGAAACCUUUGGAUAGGGGAAAAAAUUAUAUAUAUAUAUAUAUUUUUUUGUUCUGUUUGCAUUUCUUAAUUUGUGCUUGGAAUGUGUUGAUGUGCACAGCUAAUGAUUCAAUGCGAGACAAGAUUGGCGUCUGUGUUGUGGAGGUUUCAAAUAAAGAGCACUCUUCAUAACUCA